GUGAUGGGCAUAAGCCUGGCUAGCCCGGUUCCGACUCCCUCGGGUGACCUGGGUCCUCUCUGUCCUUUCAGCUACUUGCCUCCUGGAAGGAAACCCCCGGGUGGGAAGAGCAGCCAUCAACAUGUAAGUCCAGGGGAGACUCCACGGCUCUGUCCUCCAUCCCAUUCCUCUUAGGACAAGUGUCCUGGGGGCAGCAGGAAUUGUGGAGUCUGGGGCACACCACCCCCAUUCCAGAACCUGCUGCUGUCCUGGGUCAGCCCCUGCUUCUAACUAAUCCCAGGCCACAGUCCUCAAAGGAAAGGGUAAGUUGUGAAACAUGAAGCCAAAGGACAGGAGUUGUGUGACUCAGGGGGUACCCUCCAGAGAGGUGUGAGCAGACUCACCCCUGCUCCCUCGCUCUCCUGCACAACCAGACUCACCCCUGCUCCCUCGCUCUCCUGCACAAGUUUGGUUCCUGCCUGCUCACCCCAUGUUCUUAUAACCAGCCAGUCCCAACCAAAGUCCUGGACUUUCUCCUGACUUGGAUUUCAGGAGCCUUUCAUGUCUCACCGCCCAUGUGAUGGGGCCUUUGGACAGUGGCUGCCAGCAGAUGCCCCCUGCUAUAUCCAGUGAGUGCCAGCAUCAGGGAGUGGGGGUAUGGAUUUGUGCCUCAGUGAGACCAAGAAAAUGGCAGUGGGUUUUUCCAGGAGCCCCAUGACAAGUGGGAAGAUUAAAAUCCCAUCAUCUAAGUGGUUCCUAUGCCCCUUUCACAUGUAGAGUCUUGGAGACCCAUCCCCUACCGGGCUGUUCUUUGUCUCAGUGUGUUCAGGAAUGGGGACCUACAAAGUCCCCCCUUUGGUCUGAAGCUGCCCCAGACUGUCAUCCAGGACUGGGAAAUGGUGCUGAAGCUGCUGACCGAGAAGGUCAAGUUACAGAGUGGGGCGGUACACCAGUGAGUAAAAGGACAAAGGAAGGCAUGUUCUCUCCAGCAGGACUGCCUCCUGUGCCUCAGGGGAGGGCUUUCCUGGCCCAGGUUAACAUUGCCCAGAGGACCAAAGUCAGAGGGUCCCCCAAAGGAGCUGUACCUACCUCAGCGCCUGCUGGGUAGAGAGCAGCCUGUUAUCUGACCUCCUCCCAGACUCUGCACCCUCAAGGGGCUCCCGCUGUCAGCAGGGGCUGCUCUGGUGAGUGGCCAUCACUACGUGGCAGUUGGAGAAGAGGCGUUCAAAGCCCUCCCCUACAUGGAGCUGCUGGUGCCCAGCCCCGCUCUGGCCAGGGGCUGCUGGUAUCCUCCAGGCCGGAAGUCUGAGUGCCACAGGCGGAGGGCCCAGGGCCACAAGGCCCAGGCAGCCCUGUCUUCUGCAAAGGAACCUGGACAAACUGAGCCCUCCACUUUGUAUGUCAGAACCCAGCAGUCUGUCCAGCCACCAAGCAAGCCUUUUCCUCUCUCACAUCCAUCAGGGGUUAAGGGAGUUGACGAGGCUUCCCAUCCAAGGAAGGAAACAGCCGGGGCUCAGGAAGUGGCUGAUGACGAGAACACCUGCACAGAAGAGCCUGUGGAUCAGAGGGCAGCAGAGACGGUGGAAGAGGCCUUAUCCCCCAACACCCGCCGGGGCCUGUAGCUGUCUGUCCUCAAGCUCAGCCCAUGCUGGUCCACCACCUUCAGUGCCAGGAGCUCCAGACAGAAACUGAGGACAACCACUCCCAACUACCCCGCCCCAGCUUUCAGCAGCCUGUUCCUGAGAAACCAUGAUUCACAGGGCUCCUCACAGGAGGUAUGGCCUCCUCAGCCCUUCCCCAUUCAUAAGCCUAGCAAGUUCUGUGGAGGCUACUUCCUUAUGAGAUUCCCUGCAGAGAAAGGCACUGCAGACUGGGUUUAGGAGAAGGCUUGUCGCAAUAAAGUAAUAUUUGCUGA